GAAUAAAGUGUUUGCAGCCACGUUUCCGUGACCACUGGGGUCACUGUUUUGUUUCUAGGACAACUGAGGAGGUGCCCGCUGGAUCUGAGCUGCAGCUGCCCAGACAUCUGCAGACGACGUAUUUAAAUGUGUACGCUAGAAACCAGCUGAAGAUGCAGGCGACCAUUGCCAGAAUGUGUGUGGUGGUGGCUGCUGUCAUAUUAAACCAUCCCGUGCUGUUCCCCCAAGAGAACACCACACUUCCAGACCAGGACGAGGAGCUGAUUGCUCGCAUGCGGGAGCAUGAGGAGAGGCUGCAAGUGGAGCAGGUCAAGCUGGAGAGAGAGCUUUCACAGCUGGACUCAAAGCAGGAAGAGACCAGCUCUGAGGAAGGUUAUAGUUGGUACUUCUGGAGCACCGUCUCUUUCAUCGUAUUUGUAUUUAUUGAGAUGGGCAGGGUGGAUCUUGUUGACAGCGAAAACCGGCCAGCUGAGGAUGAGGACAUCUUUUCAGAGAGUGGAUCCAUUUCUCCCAGGACAAUGGUACUAAAUAAGGAUGUCCUGAGCAACUUUUGUGACAAAUGCACCUACACUUCAGCCCGUGAAAACUGGAGGGUUAGGGAGUUUGUCGAGGGUUUUGCUGAUGACUUGUUGGAAUCACUCAGAAGCGUAUGUGACAGGGACACAGACAUGGAAGUCGGGGAUUUUGUUGGCGUCGGAAGCAUGUUUGAGUCUUGGAAGGUUUGCAAGCCUCUGAUAUGCGACCUUAUGGUUCCUUUCUCACCUCCAGAUCCAUACUCCUUCAAGUUCCACCUGUGGUGCAGCCCCUCCAGGGACAUGCCUCCCCACAUGCAGGGCUGUGGCAAGAUAAAGGUGACCAAGUUGGGAGAAAAUGAGGAGGGCUGUCUCUGUGGCUCUGCUAACCUGGGUGAGGACAUGCUCUGUCUGUUGCAUAGCAGAAAUGGUGACACGCUCAGAGCGGACCACAGUCCCGAGGAACUGCUGUGCUCCAGGAACACACCUUUCUUGGCUAAAGAUCAAGUUAUGAAGUGGUUUCAGAUCUCUGUAACCAAAGCAUGGGGACGCAUCUCUCACAAAUAUGACUUCGAGGUCACUUUUCGCAACCUCGAUGCAGCUGGCGCUUUGAAGAUUCGAUUUCGUUCAGGGAAAAUCAUUGUAAUGAACAUCAUACCGGUGGUUCAGCUGGAGGAUACAGAUGCUUAUUUUGUUUCCCACUUUCCAUCAGAUUGUGACAGCUCUCCAGACACAUACUGGCCCCUCUCAUUUGCUGUGUAUGAGAGGAAUUUGCUGAAACACUUUGCUAAACGCCUGCCACAGAAUUCCUGUCAUUUACACUGCCUUCAGAUUGUUACUUUCCUACACAGAAAGCAGACAGGGCUCACAGGAAAAAGUGCCCUUACUAACUACCACUUAAAGACUGCUCUGCUGCACCUGUUGCUGAGUAAAAGGCCUUCUGCGUGGGGCAUGGAGAGUAUGGAGCACAGGCUUCGGGAUGUAUUUGGCUUCUUGCAGAGGACCCUUCAGGAGAAGAGACUUCAUCACGUUCUAGUUGGAAACCCUAAAGUCCCUCGAGAAGUGCUGCUCCCUGAGAUAAUUCGCAAAGCAGAGCCCAUCAAUCUGUUCAGGCCUCUGGUGUUGCAGACAGACCUUUAUGCAGCAACAGUAAAGCAUUGCCAGGAAAUGUUGAGAAAUGCAUCUGUGCUCAUACAAGAGUACACACCUCACUUAUCAAAUGGCGGCCUACACCACAGCUAGAUGAAAGCUUGUGAGCACCA